GUUUGGAGUGCCUGCAGCUGAGAUCAGGUAGUGAUGUGCAGUGCCUGCAGCUGAGGUCAGGUGAUGGUGUACAAUGCCUGCAGCUGAGGUCAGGUGGUGGUAUGCACUGUCUGCAGCUGAGGUCAGGUGAUGGUGUGCAGUGCCUGCAGCUGAGGUCAGGUGAUGGUGUGUAGUGCCUGCAGCUGAGAUCGGGUGAUGGUGUGCAGUGCCUGCAGCUGAGGUCAGGUGAUGGUGUGCAGUGCCUGCAGCUGGGGUCAGGUGGUGGUGUGCAGUGCCUGCAGCUGAGGUCAGGUGAUGGUGUGCAGUGCCUGCAGCUGAGGUCAGGUGGUAUGUACUGUCUGCAGCUGAGGUCAGGUGGUGGUGUGUACUGUCUGCAGCUGAGGUCAGGUGGUGGUUUGCAGUGCCUGCAGCUGAGAUCAGGUGGUGAUGUGCAGUGCCUGCAGCUGAGGUCAGGUGAUGGUGUGCAGUGCCUGCAGCUGAGGUCAGGUGAUGGUGUGCAGUGCCUGCAGCUGAGGUCAGGUGAUGGUGUGCAGUGCCUGCAGGUGCGGUCAGGUGGUGGUGUGCAGUGCCUGCAGCUGAGGUCAGGUGGUGAUGUGCAGUGCCUGCAGCUGAGGUCAGGUGAUGGUAUGUACUGUCUGCAGCUGAGGUCAGGUGGUGGUGUGUACUGUCUGCAGCUGAGGUCAGGUGGUGGUGUGUACUGUCUGCAGCUGAGGUCAGGUGAUGGUAUGCAGUGCCUGCAGCUGAGGUCAGGUGGUGGUGUGCAGUGCCUGCAGCUGAGGUCAGGUGGUGGUGUGCAGUGCCUGCAGCUGAGGUCAGGUGGUGGUGUGCACUGUCUGCAGCUGAAGUCAGGUGAUAGUGUGCAGUGCCUGCAGCUGAGGUCAGGUGGUGGUGUGCAGUGCCUGCAGCUGAGGUCAGGUGGUGGUGUGCAGUGCCUGCAGCUGAGGUCAGGUGGUGGUGUGCACUGUCUACAGCUGAAGUCAGGUGAUAGUGUGCAGUGCCUGCAGCUGAGGUCAGGUGGUGGUGUGCAGUGCCUGCAGCUGAGGUCAGGUGGUGGUGUGCAAUGCCUGCAGCUGAGGUCAGGUGGUGGUGUGCAGUUCCUGCAGCUGAGGUCAGGUGGUGGUGUGCAAUGCCUGCAGCUGAGGUCAGGUGGUGGUGUGCACUGUCUGCAGCUGAAGUCAGGUGAUAGUGUGCAGUGCCUGCAGCUGAGGUCAGGUGAUGGUGUGUAGUGCCUGCAGCUGAGGUCAGGUGGUGGUGUGCAGUGCCUGCAGCUGAGGUCAGGUGGUGGUAUGCAGUGCCUGCAGCUGAGGUCAGGUGGUGGUGAGCAGUGCCUCCAGCUGAGUUCAGGUGGU